UCGCGCCCUAGCAACUGCAGCAUCAGCACGAGGAUAAGCGUCGGUGAGAUACGUCAGCGUCAAGGCGUCUUUCGUUAUAGCAGACCGGAAAACGGUCUGCCUUCCAAAGUAAAGCCAUGCUACGUGUACUUAUUACACUUCUCUGGCAAAUACGCGAGUCAAUUACACUUGAGCUAGAGCUCACACGAAAUGUAGGUCUGGUAUCAUUAGUCAGAAUCGCAUUGCAUUUUUUAAAACUUCGAUCGCAUUUGAUAGCGUGCGUUAUUUUGAAACCGCCGGAAGUUGCAAACAUUUCAUCUGCCUUCACAGUUGUAAAGCCAAGCUAGCCGAGCAUCACCGCUCUCGUCUUUCUUUCCUUUCUGUCUGCCGGCCCACUGUUGCUUUUAUAUUACUUUGGACAUAAUUCACACUCCAACAGGUACAAAAGAACCCGGGCGCGUUUUUCUUUUUCCGAACAUUCUCUCUCUUCGACCGUGAAGCGUUUUUUUUUUUUCGCUAGCCGCCUGUAUCGCGACGGAAAAACAGCCAUCCAUCCAUCCGGCGACGACCUCCCGUAUCAGCCUUUUUAUCAUCGAUAUUUGUCGUCUUCCUUUUACAUGUGCGUGUUUUUUUCAUGCGUGUUCAUGACGAAACAACCUUCUUCGGUUUUUAUAGCAUAUUAGUAGGCGACGAGCAUCAAUCAGGCGGACGGGAAGCUCCCAUGCUGCUUUGCGCACCCCGCGACGAGAACGCACCUUCGCAGGACAACCUUCCUCAUCCUCGGCGGCCUUAAGUUCAUCCUUCCUCCUGGUGGUGCUUCUCCGGCAUCCUCCUUCAUUCUCCUCUCCGCCCCCCGCCAUUGUGUCCAGCUGUGGCCCUCACAGGGUGCGACCGCUGGUGCUCACCUGACAGGUCCUUGGCCUCAGGACGACUGGCAGCACCAGCAGCUUCUCUACAUGAGGGACAAAGCCACGCAGACCCCCAGGGCCUGGGCAGAUGAGAGGAGGCGGGGCUCUCACAAGCGCUCAGCCUCCUGCGGGAGCACUGACCAGCUCAAGGAGAUUGCCAAACUGCGUCAGCAACUCCAGCGCAGCAAGCGGAGCAGUCGCCAUCGGAGGGACAAAGAACGCAAGUCGCCGUUCAAUGGCGGCAGCCACGCCAUCAUGCAGUCGCAGGCGCCAAUGCCCAAGGCCAUUCUGAUACCAAUCCCCAUAUCCAAGUCAUCUGCUCCCCGUUUCCGCAACAGCGUAGAAGGUCUCAACCAGGAGAUCGAGCGUAUUAUCAUCCGCGACACCCCCGAGAAGGAUGAAACCAUCGUGCCACAGGACGUCCCCGACGGGCACCGCGCUCCGCCCCCCAUCCCCCCGCAGCGCAGCAGCAGCACUCGCAGCAUCAACACACAGACUCCCUCAGGGGGCGGCGGCCUGGGUGGUAGCCAUAGCAACAGCAGCAGCCGCCCCGACUCCAUUUCCCCUUCCUACCUCACGGUGCUCAAUGACACAAGCGGCGGCGGAAGCCCCUUGGAGGAAAAAGAGCUGGGUCCUUGGUCUCCGCUGCCAAAGUACGCCGCGUCACCGCGGCCCAACAACAGUUACACGUUCAAGAGAGAACCUCCAGAGGGCUGCGAGAAAGUCAAAGUGUCCGAGGAGUCUUUGCCAAAAGCCCUUCAGGACACGCCCCCCUUCCUGUGUCCCGACCGCAACAAGGUGAACUUCAUCCCCAACAGUGGUUCGGCGUUUUGCCUGGUUAGCAUUCUCAAACCCCUGCUUCCCACCCCGGACCUUACAUUUCGCCCCGGGGUGGGCCUGCGGAGUCUGUCCCCGUCGCUGGUGCCUCUGUCCACCCAGCCCUGCCUCCUGGAGGAGCCCGAGAGUUUCUGACGAGGAGCGCUCUCAACACCUUGAAACCCAGGCGGGGGAAAAAGGCCUUCAGCAUGCGAGCGCUCUGAUGUCUUGUCGUCGAAAAGAGCGCCGACUUCCCACCUCACAUUUCAUCGCUGUCUUUUUUCUUAGUAUUAGUAUUAUGGUUUUGGAAGGAAAAGGGCAUAAAGACUUGUAUUUCAUUGUUCGAUACCAUGACGCCUUUCCACGAUACAUAUCAUUUUUUCGUAUUUUUCUCUUGAUGUAAAAACAUGCCUUCCGUUACAAAAAGGCAGAGAUGCUGCCGGACUGAAGCAAAACUUUUAGAAGGGGGGAAGAAGAAAAAUUCCCAUAAAAAAAAAAAAAACGUGCCUGAUAUUUUCGAGCGUUUCUUUCAUGACAUCCGAUGUAGCGCCCAGGGAUAAGGAGGGCGUGUGUGAACAAAUAUUGUGUUUGACAGCCAAAGUUAAAGCUGAUCUGUGUAAGAUAACUUUCUUGUUAUUCUAAAACAGUGGUUCUUAACCUGGGUUCGAUCGAACCCUAGGGGUUCGGUGAGCCGGCCUCAGGGGUUCGGCGGAGGUCAAAACACACCCAAUAAAAACUUCUCCCUAUCGGCGUAUUACGGAUACGGCAACAGCAGAAGUCACACUGAUUUGCAGGUGUGUCAUUUGUUGUGAGUUUAUGCAGACUAGUGUGAGUUUAAUGUCGGUUUUGUUCUUUGAACAAGGUGAUGUUCAUACACGGUUCAUUUUGUGACCAGUAAAAAAACAUGGCAACACUUUAGUAUGGGGAACAUAUUCACCAUUAAUUAGUUGCUUAUUUUAUUUUAUUUUUUCUCUUUCGGCCGCUUGUACCCGUGAUCUUAUCCUUUCGGUCAUGACCCAAAGCUCAUGACCAUAGGUGAGGAUGGGAACGUAAAUCGACCGGUAAAUUGAGAGCUUUGCCUUCCGGCUCAGCUCCUUCUUCACCACAACGGAUCGGUACAACGUCCGCAUUACUGAAGACGCCGCACCGAUCCGCCUGUCGAUCUCACGAUCCACUCUUCCCUCACUCGUGAACAAGACUCCUAGGUACUUGAACUCCUCCACUUGGGGCAGGGUCUCCUCUCCCCAACCCGGAGAUGGCAUUCCACCCUUUUCCGGGCGAGAACCAUGGACACGGACUUGGAGGUGCUGAUUCUCAUUCCGGUCGCUUCACACUCGGCUGCAAACCGAUCCAGCGGGUACAAGCGGCCGAAAUGAGUUUCCUCCGCCGUGUGGCGGGGCUCUCCCUUAGAGAUAGGGUGAGAAGCUCUGCCAUCCGGGAGGAACUCAAAGUAAAGCCGCUGCUCCUUCACAUCGAGAGGAGCCAGAUGAGGUGGUUCGGGCAUCUGGUCAGGAUGCCACCCGAACGCCUCCCUAGGGAGGUGUUUAGGGCACGUCCAACCGGUAGGAGGCCACGGGGAAGACCCAGGACACAUUGGGAAGACUAUGUCUCCCGGCUGGCCUGGGAACGCCUCGGGAUCCCCCGGGAAGAGCUAGACGAAGUGGCCGGGGAGAGGGAAGUCUGGGUUUCCCUGCUUAGGCUGUUGCCCCCGCGACCCGACCUCGGAUAAGCGGAAGAUGAUGGAUGGAUAGUUGCUUAUUAACAUGCAAAUUAGUAACAUAUUGCUCUUAACUAGUCAUUAAGUAUUUAUUAAUGCCUUAUUCGGCAUGGCCUCAUUAUAACCCUAACCCUUUAACCCUAACCCUAACCAAAUAACUCCAAAUUAAGUCUUUGUUACUUAGAAUAUGUUCUCCAUACUAAAGUGUUACCAAAAAUAUAACUUUGUCUUGAAUUUGAAAAAAAUUAACAUUUUAUUUUUCACUAAGAAGGGUUCGGUGAAUGUGCAAAUGAACCUAACGGGGUUCGGUACCUCCAACAAGGUUAAGAACCACUGUUCUAAAAGUCAUCCACAUUCCUGCAGUACUGCUGGUGAUGACAUAGAAUACUUUCAGUUGUGUACUAUUUGAACUGCACCCUCAAAUAACUGGGGGUUUAUGUAUUGUGUUUGAAGAGCACUUCCGCCCCCAACAUGUCCUUCAAGCUAAACGUGCUCUAGAAUGUACAUGGAUGUAAAUACUGUAUUGUAUCAGCUGACAUGUCACCGACUCUCUUGUUAUAUGAGCCCCGCCCACCCCAUCAUCACCCGAUUUGCGCCGCUGAGUACUGUGAAUGACAUGUUAUCAUUAUUGUGAAUAAUUAUGUAUUUAUUGAUCAGAGAGGAUGGAAUCAAGACUAGAUGACGUCAUCCAUCUCAGGUUGUAGUGGCCCCGCCCCCCUAAAAAAAAACUUCGUCGCAGUUAACACUCGAGGGGCGGCCUGUAGCAGACGAGCUUUUUUUUUUUAUUAUUAUUAAAGGGAAUUGUUUAACCGUUUUUUUUUUUAAUAAGCAAGAAAUACAGUGUAUUGUUCCAAACAUGUCCUGUUCCUUUUUUGUUGUUAUCACUCAUUCUUUGUACAAGUGAAUGAACGCGAGGACACGCCGAUACAGUUACGGUAUUCUCUUAGUGUACUUCUAUAUUUGGCCAUGAGCACAAAGACA